AUGCCUGGAAAUCCGAACGGAUCGGGAUAUCUUCGCGAAGAGGACCCUGUUGAAGUGCUUAUCAGACGAACUGGCUGCUGGGAGCAACAUAUCGCCGUAGUGGAUUGUAUGGGGGAAAAGGGUGACUGGAGACAGUGUCAAGUCCAGGUGCAGCAAUUUAAGGAGUGUAUGAAGAAGACGUCUUUAGGAUCCAAGGAAAGGAAUCCAACUAUGUUCCCUGAUGUUUUUGGACGCCUAGAAAUAGACAAUACAGAGCGCGUCAACGUACGCCCACAAUUUUGUACCCCAUCUCAGUACUCAGCAAAUAUUCAAAAUAUUGGUUGGUUUCUUUGUCAACGUGCCUUUGGCGAAGAAGCAGAGCAAGACAGGGAAAUUGUUAAUCACAGAGCUGCUUAUUUUCAUUAUCAUAAACGGUUCAAAGAGGCAUCAGAGGAGUACAAGGUUUUGCUAGGUGAAUAUAAGCACAGCCGUACACAUUCUGUCGCAGUACUCGAUUCCCUCGUUCGUUGCGCCUUAAAGACAUUGUCGUGUCCUGUAAAUGACUUGUUGCGAUAUCUUCAUGAAUACAAGCACUACAUCUUAGACUGUGGUGAUCAUCUACAAUAUCUUACUGUAGCUAAAGAAGUCUACGUUUAUAUUAGCUGUGAAGAUGCUCCUCAAAAAUUCGUUGAAGUCGUGUGCCUUCUUUGCGCAACUACAGGGUUACCCGAACACUGGCUUGCAUUUGGCGAAAAGAACUUGCCCAAUAUGGGAAAGAAUUUUCAUAUCGGUUACGUUACGCGUGCAAUCAUGCUGCUAGAACGACAGAUUAAAGGCGCUCAUGGUUUCGUAGUUCGUGCCAUGGAAAAGAAGCUGAAGAGUUGUACCGACCGAUUAGCAGAAAUGGGAUGUUCAGGCGAGUUGGUGAGUAACAAUAAUAGUAAUGCGUUGAAGGCGUGGCUUGUGGAAUUGCGAGCUGCUGUGGAUGGUCUUAGUCGUCAUGAUAAACUCGGACAACCACUCACCGUGCUCGUUCCAUUUUUAACUGCGGAUCGCAAUGUGACGUUCUUCAAACGUUGUCCUGGGUCCAAUCUCUAG